AUGCACUUUGAAUGCUCCAGAGAUACAGAUAUCAUCCCUGUCUUUUCUUUGGGAUUGAGGAAUUUUGUUCUAUGUAUAAAGAGCCACCAGGAGGGGGGACGUCUCGGGUACAACCCGGCGGAAAAAGGCCGAUCCGCAAAGCAGCGCCAACUCCGCGCGGGUUUCCGCUUCCCCGCCGUCGCAAGGGGCAGCACCGGCCUUCGGCGGGGCCUGCCAGCGAGGCGGAAGAGCCGCGCGGUCCCGCCCACCCCAGUUCACCCAUGGCGACUCGGCAAGGGCCCCGCGCAGCAGCGCUCGCCUCCUGAUCGCCGGGCUUUAAUUGCUGGCGCUGAGAUGGCCCACCUGAGCUGGGUCCUGCAGCCGCGACCCGAAGCGGCCGAAGGGACCGCGGAGCAACCGGAGAGCUACCAGCUUCGCCAAGAGAACGAGCUGCAGGUGUUGGAGUCCAUCUACGGACGGGACUUCCAAGACCUGCGUCUUGGCCAGCCGUGGAAGAUACGACAGCCUCCUGAAAUCAAUCUAGUCUUGCGACCUCAGGGCUUAACUGGUGACUGUGAAGUCUAUGCCAAAGUCGACUUAUGGGUCAAGUGUCCCCAAACCUAUCCUGAUAUUGUUCCAGAAAUUGAACUUAAAAAUGUAAAAGGCUUAUCAAAUGAAAAUAUAAACGUGUUAAAAUCCAAACUAGAGGUAUUAGCAAAAGAGCGUUGCGGAGAG